AUGGCCACAGGAAGAGCCCUACUCAGCUCUCUGCUGCUCCUGUCCCUGCAGCUGGGUCUCGGUGGAGGCCCAGGUACUCCAGUGGUGGAGGGAAUGCUCUCAUCUGAGCCAGCAACAGACAUAGGGACCUGGAAGCCACAGCUGGGUGCCCGCCUGCGCCGAGCCCCUGCUGGCCCAUGCCAGCUGUGGAGCUUGGCCCUGCCAGUGGCUGAGCUGGGCCUGGGCUACACUUCGGAGGAGAUGAUCAUCUUCCGUUAUUGUGCUGGCAGUUGUCCCCGAGAUGCUCGCACCCAGCACAGCCUAACGCUGGCUUGGCUGCGGAGCCAGGGCCGAGCACAUGGUAGCCCCUGCUGCCAGCCCACCCGCUAUGCUGAUGUGGCCUUCCUGGAUGACCACCACCGCUGGCAGUGGCUGUCCCAGUUCUCAGCAGCUGCCUGUGGCUGCAGUGGCUGA